AUGUCGCGCCCGCCGGGCAGUAAAUUCGCUGAUUUCUUCCCGAGCGCCCCAAGCGUCAUCGCAACGAAAUCUUCCAAAUCAGCAGACACAGACAAAUCGCGACUUCGGUCUACCGAAGGACGCGUGGAAGAUGCGCAGGUCAGGGACAGUCUUGUUCGCGUUGCACUGAACUCACCGAACACUCAGCCGCAUCCGUCCACGAAACAGGACAACUUGGCCAAGCCCAGCAACCACUCUUUGAUUUCGGAAGAAAGCGACCAAUUCGCCGGCGACCUUCUCAAUGGUGUUGGCUCAGCCAGCUCGUCCAGUACCGCUUCAUCGGUCUUCAGUGCGCCUAUUGCCAACGCCGCCAUGCCUGGCACAAAUCAUCUACACUUCAGCACCCUCACACCUCUCACAAAUUCUGACUCUCCGCCAAAUGGGAAGUUGAUGAGUCCGGCUGCUGACUCGACUUCCCACGCGGUCAUGGAUAGCAAUAGUAUUACGUCGAAUCUACACCACGGUUCGAUGACCCCCCUACCCACACCCCCGGCUCAUCGAAGAUUUGCGCGUGACGCCAGCUCGCCUGUGAAAGGAGCAAAAUGUACCUACGACCCGGAGCUAGAUAAGACGUUGAACUCCAAGGAUAAAAGGAAGCUGAAGGCCCAGUUUGAGGAUUUUGGAGUCAAGCCCGAAGACAACUUCCAACCACCGGAUCCACGAUUGGCAGUGCCCAAUUACGCAAAAGGUGGAAUAGGCAAAGGCAAGGGCAAAUUUCGACCUGCGCCGUACAAUCUCAAGUCUUGGACUCAUGAUGUCGCGACUGCGGUUGCACCCCCACCCGCCACCACCGUCGUCGUCACUGGGUUUGACCCUAUGACCCCUCUUUCUCAGAUCAACGCGCUAUUCUCUAGCUUUGGUGAGAUUGCGGACUUGGACAACAAGACAGACCCAGUCACGGGGCGAUUUCUAGGAAUAUGCACAAUUGGAUAUCAGGAUUGCGCUUCGUUUCAAGGCGGAGGUCCCAUCUCCGCCGUUCUCGCGGCGAAGACAGCCUUCCUCGAGGGAAAACGCGGCCAAAGGAUAGGACUGAAGACCGUCCAAGUGGUUGUGGAUCGAGAUGGCUCUGUCACGGAAAAGUUGGUUGAAAAGGCAAUCGCUCUACACCGCAGAGAAAGUGGGUUCACAGGUCAAUCGCGGCCGCAACCAUCUCCGUCCCCUUUGACGCCGGUCGGAACACAGUCACCAGGAUUUGCAAAAUCUUCUGGUCCACCACCUACGGCGCCAAAGGGCCCAUCAGGGAAGCCGUCCCUGCGACCACAGCCCAUUUAUCAAGCUCCCUUCGUGGCACCCUUCGUGGCGCCUUUCGCGGCGCCCAUAAAACAGGAUAGGCCUGUGAAGCUCGCGGUCGUCCCCGCGGGGGCAACACUUGUAGAAACGACCCCUAUCGCCCCAACAUUGAAAGUUCCUUACGUCUUUAUUGCGCACUGUUAUGUGCCUGUUAUGAGCACGACCAUACCGCACUUGAAAAAGAGGCUGAGGAUGUAUGAUUGGCGAGAGGUCCGCUGUGACGAAACGGGAUAUUUUAUCACCUUUGAACAAUCGCGAAAUGGGCAGCUGGAGGCGAGAAAACUGUACCACGGAUGUCACAUGCAACCCCUGUUCACCUACGUGAUGAACCUGGAACUCCAUCUUAAUGGCAAUGCCAAGGCGGCAGCCGGUACAACAGACCCAUUGCCAACAGGGCCGGUUGACUUUGUUUACUCCAAGCAAGCCUACAGGCUGAGAAAAGAGCACGACCUCGAUCUCGAGGAGGAGAAACGGCAGCGGGCUCGAGAUCUGGACCCUUCGCGGGCAGUUGUACAGCUCGUUAUUCAAGAACUCAGGGAUAAAUUGCUGGAGGACGUGAAGUCGCGAAUCGCCGCGCCGGUUCUCUACGACUUCUUGGAUCCAAACAACCAUGCAGAGAGGCGGAGGAGGUUAGGUCUCGACGAUCCAGAAGGAACACGGAGGACUGUGCCCACCGACGAAGGCUCCCGCACUCCAGAUUCUCGUCUGGGUGGCGGGUGGAUGAACCGACGUCCGUUUGGCAGCAAGAAUCUCAACAUACUUUCUCUACCUAAAAUUGGUAAGAGGUCCGGCACAGACAGAGGCAUGGUCGGCUUUCGCGAUGAGCGCAGGAAGGCCCCUCCCACGAGGCACAAUGUUCGGCCACUGUUCCACCAGUUGGCACAGUUCCAGAACGAUGAGGAUUCGGACGAUGAACAACGGACUUCGUUUACUCGUGACACUGACGACCUGGAGAGCCGCCCGGCUAGCCGGAUGAGCAUGACAUCGGUAUCCGACGAUGACGACGAACUACUGCGCAAGGCAACAAAGCGGCGGUUCCAUGCUAGAGAAGAAUCCGAGAUGGGAGACGGUGCCAUCAAGGACGAAUAUGACACCGCUAAAGCGACUGCUGAAGAUCUCAUCAUCGCCAAAUUGGAGAGAAACAUAUAUGAAAUGUCUCCUUCCUCGCGAAAGCGCAAGAGGUUAGUGAAAGAAUUAGAGGCCAGGAAACGUCAAAAGGCGGAUGAUGAGCUCUUCGGCGUUGGCCACACGGAACUGGACCGCGAGGACACAGACGAUGUCAAAAUGCCAGAUGCCGAGACGCCCUUGGAGGCGACGCCAGAUGUGGAGUCAGAUGUGCCAAAGCCAGCGGCGAAGAAGAUCAAGACCAAAAGGAAAACCAAGAAGCAGAUCCUAGAAGAAAAAGAAGCCCUACGCCAGGCGCAAGCCGAAGCCGAAGCCUCUGAGGUAGUGGACAACGUUCUCGGAUUUGCGGAAGAGGAAGAAGCGCUGGCGGAAGCUGCUGAAUGGCGGCCAGAAGUUGAGUGGGGCGUGUCUGCCGAAGAACCCCUGCCGACGGUGGAUGACGACGAGGACGUGAUCCCCGACCUUCGAGGUUGGCAAGCCAGUCUUUUCGAUGACGAAGACAUGGAGUACUUGUCAGCUGCCAUGAAGGCCAAGUUGGCCAUGGAUAUCGGCGACUCGAUGGCGUGGGCUUGGAAACAAGAACAAAUCCGCAACCUCAAGCCAGGAUCUCAGCCCGGCGCUCUACGGACAGAACCCCCUAUCGAAGGGUAUUAUGUUCCAAAUCCAUCAGGGUCGGCUCGGACGGAGCCCAUACGCAAGAUCCUGGAAUCCGAGAAGUCGAAGUAUCUGCCUCAUCGGAUCAAGGUGCAGAAAGCGCGGGAAAAGCGCGAAGCUGAAGCGAAGAAAGAUCCGUCCGCUGCUAGUAAGCAAACGGUGGAACUUCCUAAAGCUUCGUCCCGAGGCAAACGGGCCGAUGACAGGCGUACGGUUAAAGACCUGGACCGGCAACGGGAGAUGCUUAAGGAUAUGGGUGACGACGCCGAUGUUCUGCGUUUCAACCAACUUCAAAAGCGCAAGAAACCGGUCAAGUUCGCCAGAUCUGCCAUCCACAACUGGGGCCUGUACUCAUUGGAAAGAAUCCAAGCGAGCGAAAUGAUUAUCGAGUAUGUUGGAGAGAAGAUUCGGCAGGAAAUCGCAGACUUGCGGGAGAUCAAAUACACGGAGAGUGGAAUUGGCAGCAGUUAUCUCUUCCGAAUCGACGAGGGCACUGUGGUCGACGCCACGAAGAAAGGAGGCAUCGCCAGGUUCAUCAACCACAGCUGCUCGCCCAACUGUACGGCCAAGAUCAUUCGAGUCGGCGGCACGAAAAGAAUUGUCAUCUACGCUCUAAGGGAUAUCGAGAAAGAUGAAGAGUUGACCUACGACUACAAAUUCGAACGCGAAUUUGACAGCGACGACCGCAUCCCUUGUCUCUGCGGCUCGGCGGUCUGCAAAGGUUUCCUCAACUGA